UACGUCGCUCGUGUGGGUUUUUCAGUUAGAAAGAGAAGUUAUAGGAAAGACAAAGACAAUAUCAUAAAAAUGCAACAUUUACUUGUAGCCGAGAUGGACAAAGAAUUAAAUCAAUUGCUACUACAACCCACCAUUAAAAAUGAGAGUGAAGCUCGGUUGACAGGUAUGGUUUACAUUUACAGUGAGAUUAUAUCCAAUGAGGAUGGAUCUGAAAAAUUCUUAUGGGGACAAAACACAUGGUUCAAGAGGAUGAGGUGGAGGAGAGAUGUGUGUAGGUCCUACCAAAGGGUGAAGAUAAAUUAUAAUGGUUUGAUCUCGACACUUGAUCAAUUACGAUAUGAUCAUUUGUGUCGUGCUUUUGCAGCGGUGGCUGACACAGUGGCGAAUGAUGAUGUGAGAGUAGGUAAACUUAUAGAGUGGAUUGGAUAUAUUCAGUUAACGAAGGAGUGGAUAAAACUUUGGGAUCGAAAAUUUCUGAUCCAAACCACGUGGAAAGAAAAUGAGCUCCUCGAAAAUUACGUCAACAAGGGGCAAUAG